GUUCCUCUUCAUUGUUCCAAAGUAGCAGGUGGAUUAAACGAAAUUUUUUCAGUGUACUUCUCCUGAUUCUCUCUUUCCACCAUUCCAAUAUCUCCUGAGAUAUUAACGAAUCCCAUCCCUUUGGAUCUCUAUUUAAGCCCCUCCCUCUUGCCCCGUCCGAAAAACAGAACACAGAGAACUAAAAGACCCUCAGGCCCGGAGUAGACGAGAAGAGCGCAGCGCUCUCUCUCUCUCUCUUCCUCUUUCUUAUCUCUAGCCCUACCCCCAUUACUUCAAAGUCCUAGCAAUGGCGUUCGGCAAAACCCUUGCUCACCGGUUCGUCAACGCGGCCAAGUCCCUCCCCGCCGGCACCCUUCUCCCUCCCCGCCUCCACAUCGCCGAGCCGUCCUCUUACCUCCGGCGCCUCCUCCCUGACUCCAGCGAGGAGCGGGGGCUCCUCCGCCGGUUCCUCCAGUGGCGGGCCCUCUUUCAGUCGGCGGAGCGGCUUCCCCUCCCGGUCGGCAACGCCCUGGCCGAUCGUAUCCGGCAGCUGAAUCGGGAACGCCUCCGCCUCGAGGGGCUCGUCCCCCCGCCCAGAUCCCCGUCGGCUGGGACUCAGGAAGAGGAGGAAAGGAUCUCGGUGGAGGAGGCGAGGAAGGUGCUGCGGGCGGCGCAGAUGGAGGCGGCGAGGGCGCGGCUGAGGGGAAUCCAGAGGAGCUGCGUGGCGUACACGGAGUUCACCCAGAUCUGCUGCGAGGUCGCCGGCGUCGAUCAGGGGCUCGGCGUCGCCCGCGCGCUCGACGAGUCCGGGGCCGUCAUCGUCCUCGGCGCCGUCGUCUUCCUCCGCCCCGACCUCGUGGCAAAAGCAAUCGAGAACAUGAUUCCGACGGCAUCGGUGGCCCCUGCGAACAACCCGCAAAACAAAGAGCUGAAGGAGAUGGAGAAGAAAAAGGCGGAGAUCGACAUGAAGGCGGAGGGCCAGGUGAGGAGGGAGCUCUGGUGCGGGCUGGGCUUCCUGGUGAUCCAGACUGCGGCCUUCAUGCGGCUGACCUUCUGGGAGCUCACCUGGGACGUGAUGGAGCCCAUUUGCUUCUACGUCACCUCCCUCUACUUCAUGGCGGGCUAUGCCUUCUUCCUCAGGACCUCCAGGGAUCCCUCCUUCGAAGGUUUUUUCGAGAGCCGCUUCGCCGCCAAACAGAAGCGGCUCAUGAAGGCCCGCAACUUUGAUAUCGCUAAAUUCAAUGAGCUCAGGAGAGCCGGCCCCUUCCCUCCAUCGCAGCCUCUAAAAGAGUCCUCUUCCUCAUCUUGCUCUUCCUACAGCGAUUGCCACAGGAGGAGCACCUUGUUCGGACCCAUGCAUUAGACUGCUAGUUUCAUUUGAGAUAAUAUUGUCUCCAUUGGAACAGGAUUUAAGAGAGAGAAAAAAAAAGAGGAAGAUGACAGAGUAGUUGUAAAUAAAUCGCUAGUGAAUCCACCCCCCACCCUCCUCAUCUUUUUUUUUUUCUGUGGUAUAAUCGAAUAGAGCCAACAUUUAGUUUCGUUUUACAUAUGAAAUGAAGUAACCGGACUUCUUAGGCA